CACUGAACAGACAAAACAUAAAAUUUAUUAACACACAAAAAACACACAAGAAAUAAAAACAGAUUAGAAUUAAAAAGGAUACCAAUUAGAUGGCCAUACGAUGAGUCGCGAUGAUCACAUGAAAUGGUUUCACGCUAAUCUAUCACGGGAGGCGGCUGACGAUCUGUUGAGACAAGGUUACGAAGAUGGUACGUUUCUGGUGCGGGAGAGCAGCACAGCAGCUGGCGAUUUUGUGUUGAGCAUUUUGUGCCAGGAGGAGGUGUGCCAUUAUCAGGUGCGUCGCCACGGGGAGGAUGCCUUCUUCUCCAUCGAUGAUGAGAUGCAGACAAAGAUACUCCACGGGCUGGACACUCUGGUGGACUACUAUCAGCAGGGUGCGAACGGGCUGCCCACCAAGCUGACGGUGCCGCUAAUACGUGACCCACCGCCCCACAACACACGCAGUCAUGGCGUGACCAACCUGCUGCACCGCGCCACCAGCAAGAACGAGAGCAAAGUGGUCUUUGAGCUGCUCAAGUGUGGCUACCGCAACUUCGAUGCCAAGAAUCAGCAUGGACAGACGGCCCUCCACCUCGCUGCGCUGCACUGUGACGAGGAGAUCUUGAAGCUGUUGCUGGAUGCGAAAGUUCAGGUCAAUAGCUCGGACUCCUUUGGAUGCCAGCCAUUGCAUUAUGCGGCACGGAGUAAGCCUGCCAGCUUCAUACGCACUCUGAUCGCUGCCCAGGCCAAUGUGCAGGGCAGAAACAUAGAAAACGGAUUCGUGCCGCUGCAUGAGGCAGCCAAGCAUGGCAAUCUGGAGGCUGUGCAGGAGCUGUUGCUGGCCGAAGCCCCACUGCUGCCGCGCACCAGCUCUGGCGAGUUUCCCUUCGAUCUGGCCAAGGAAGCGGGACAAACGAGCGUCGAGCAGUUUCUGCUCAACUACAAGCUGCCGCCGGCAAGCACCACCAGAGAGCAGUGGUACCAUGGCACACAGACGCGAGACGAGGCCGUGGCCAUGCUCACGCAAUAUGCCAAAGAGCUGUUGGCCAAGCAGCCGGGCGUGGACACUUCUGGCUGCUUUCUUGUGCGCUAUUCCGAAUCCCCGGCUGCGUCUGGCCUGGUACUGACCCUCCUCAGCGAUCAGGUGGUGAAGAACUUUCGCAUAUCCCAAGCGCCGCUCUACUCGAACGGUGUCAAAGUGCACCCGGAUGGCUCGAAAUUCAUGUUCAUUGAUGACGGUCCCUACUGGCCCAGCCUGGAGCAUCUGAUAGCCAACUUUAUGCGCUUCUCGUAUGGCCUGCCGGUGAGCCUGAAGUAUGCAGUGCCGCCAAAGCCCAAGCCGGAGGUGCCCUCGUUUGCGACCAUACCACGAUCGACGGUGAAGCACAGGACAACGCCAUCGGUGACGCCGCCCACUCCAGUGCCGCAUCCGCACCACGCCCACCCGCAUGUACCCGCCCUGACCAUCGCGAAGAAGAAGCAAAAGGAGAACAGCAGCUCCAUGUUCAACACGCUGCGCCUCACGAGCCCCAAGAAGGCGCUCUUCGACAUGAACAGCCUGCGCAAGAGCAAAUCCAAGAGCAAGCGAUCCGAAUCCGAGAGCAGCGUAAGCGGAUCGCUGGCCAAGUCCGAGCGGGAGCAGGAGCUCCAGGCAGCCGCCCCAAUGCUCAAGAGUUUAUCAUUCUCCACGGAGUUUUCCAAUUUCCACGUGGAUGCAGCCAGUCCAGGUGCUGCAGCUGCAGCAGCAGAAGGCGAGCUGUACAAUGUGCCACGGAACAAUACGCCCAUUGAGAUUGAUCUGCCGCCAAUUGCCCAAAAGACUGAAGCAGAAGUUGAGUAUUUCACGAAGAGCGAUGUGGCCAUUGAACGGGAGCGUGCUGGCCAGUGGAACGCCACUGGCUAUCAGCAGACUGUGGAUGUGCUCUGGCUGUUGGAUCAGCCGGUCAAGCUGCCACCGGCCGCGACUCGCCUCAAUUCGCUCAUCUCCACCGCCUCCACGGAGAGCGAAAUGGCUGGCUAUCUGCACAGAAAGUGCAGCGAGACCCCCACCACGCCCACUUCAGCCGCCUUGGAGGCGGCCAAGCUGAGGUUUUUCAUCGACCAAGAGAAUCUGUUGCUGGAUAAUGAAAUCGGACAUGGGGAAUUCGGGUCUGUGCACCGCGGCUGGCUGGUGAAGAAGAGCAGAGAGGACAGCGACGAGUCGACCCGCCAGGAGGUGGCCAUCAAAAUGCUGUGCGAUGAGCACAGCAACAAGCAGGAGUUCCUGCGCGAAGCCUCGGUGAUGAUGCGCCUGGAGCACAAGUGCAUUGUGCGUCUCAUUGGCAUUUCGAAGGGGGAUAUGCUGAUGAUGGUCCAGGAGCUGGCUCCCCUGGGCUCUAUGCUUCAGUACAUACUCGAUCACAGUGCAGAGAUCACGGCCAACACAGAGCUGAAGCUGUGGGCAUCCCAGAUCGCUUGUGGCAUGCAUUAUCUGGAAUCUCAGCAUUUUGUGCACCGUGAUCUGGCGGCCAGGAACAUAUUGUUGACCGCCCGCCAUCAGGCGAAGAUCAGCGACUUCGGCAUGUCGCGUUCCCUGCGGCCGGGCAGCACGGAGUAUCAGUUUACGCAGGGUGGCCGCUGGCCCAUCCGUUGGUACGCGCCGGAGAGCUUCAAUCUGGGCGUCUUCUCGCAUGCCAGUGACGUGUGGUCGUUUGGGGUGACAAUUUGGGAGAUGUUUGCCCUCGGUGCGCCGCCCUAUGGCGAGAUUUCCAAUGUGGAUGCCAUCAAGCUGGUGGACAGUGGCGAGCGUUUGCCACAGCCAGAUCUGUGCCCUGCCUACAUCUAUGCCGCAAUGCUGAGCUGCUGGAAGGAGCAUCCCAAAGACCGGCCUACGUUUGCCUAUCUAAUGGAGUUCUUCACCCGCGAUCCCGACUACCAAAACCUGCCCGAUAUGGUGCAAACUGUUCAUAUAUAGGAUCCCGCGUGGCGCUUCACCUUCGUCCCAUUCUUUUUCAAGUGCAAUUUUCUCUGUUUAAAGUUAACUUUUAUGUUUUUUUCUCGUUUUGUCCCUUAGAUCGUAGCUCGUAGAUCGCACUUGUUAUCCCUCUGAAA